AGUACAUGAGGAGAACGUCCUACCAGCAGGGGUGUGAGUAAACGAGGAGACCGUCCUACCAGCAGCACUCUCCGCCUCCGACGCCGGGAACUUUUCGCAGUCCACCCAGAGAGCCCCUAGCCAGCGUGCUAGCUAGUAGUGUGGACACACACAAACAUGUCGACGUCGGGAACAAAGACCUUUCGGGUCAGCGAUGGGGAUUGGGUUUGCCCUGAUAAGAAAUGUGGAAACGUGAACUUCGCAAGGAGAACCAGUUGCAACAGAUGCGGUGGAGAGAAAACAACAGAAGCGAAGAUGAUGAAAGCAGGGGGCACUGAGAUUGGGAAAACCCUUGCAGAGAAGAGUAGAGGUCUCUUCAGUGCAAACGACUGGCAGUGUAAAACGUGUGGCAACGUCAACUGGGCCAGGCGGUCUGAGUGCAACAUGUGCAACACGCCCAAAUUCGCCAAGCUUGAGGAGAGAACGGGCUAUGGCGGUGGUUUCAACGAGAGGGAGAACGUUGAGUACAUCGAAAGGGAAGAUUCUGAUGGGGAAUAUGAUGAGUUUGGCCGGAAAAAGAAAAAGUUCCGCGGCAAACCCGGCAGCGAACCGGCAAAAAAAGAGCCCGCAAAGAAACCUCCCGCGAAGGUCGAGGAGGAAGACGACGACGAUGACGAAGACGAGGAGGAAGGAGACCUUUCAAAAUACAAACUGGAUGACGACGACGAUGAUGAUGAAGACGGAGACCUGUCCAAGUACGACCUGGACGCCAGCGAGGAUGAGGCCAAGGAGGGGGCGAAGGCAGAGCAGGAAGUGAAGGAAGUGAGAAAGGAGGGGGAGAAGGAGGACGAUAAGGACAAGGCCAGUCCCACGGCCUCGUCCCGUUCACGCUCCUCCUCGCGGUCGUCUAGCUCCAGUUCUCGGUCGAGGUCCAGGUCCCGUUCUCGGAGCUCCUCCAGUUCCAGGUCUGGAUCUGGCUCCCGGUCCGCAUCCAGAUCCAGCUCCCGGUCUAGGAAGGGAUCCUCUCCCGGGCAGGGCUCCCCCCACUCCCGGUCGUCCACGCCCAAGCGCAGCCAGUCGCCCGAGGCGGGGCGCAAGCGUAGCCGCUCCAGGUCCUCGUCCGGGGGGAGGAAGCGCAGGCGCUCACGGACCCAGUCGUCUGAAAGACGCCGUGGACAUUCCUCCGGAUCCUCUCACUCGGGCUCCAGUUCAAAAAAGAAAUCGGUUUAGAUGCCCCCCCUUAAAAAUCAGAGCAAUGAUACAGGGCGAAAAAAAGGACCCUAGUUAUAAGUGCAUGUUGUGUUUGAAAUAAGAAGAAAAAAAAAAAAGACCGGCCAAGUUCCUGAUGCUGUUUGAUUUCAUAAAACGUUGCAGCUCAUCUGUCUGACUCCCCGCUUAAAAUACGAGAGCGCUAUCCGUUUUCUCAUGCUACCCGCCACUCCUUAAUACAUUCUGCUCUGUGACAUGCGUGUGUGUAACUUUAGGUGUCAAAAUAAAAUACAAAUGUCUGGUCAUGUAAGAUAAAAAAGACAUACUGUGAAGAGGUUGUAUCCAUUUUAAAAGUCAUUUUAUUUUAUUUUAUUGGAUUCGCCUGCAAAACCUAAUCAAUAUAGGUUUAGUUUUUUUUUCCGUUCAAAGAAAAAUAAAUUAAUUUUAAUUUGGCAAGAAAUAGGCUAUUUUCAAGGUAGUAUUUGAGGUUUGGGUCGGUUUUGCUGCGUUUUGUGUUCAAGGUAAGUAUUUUUCUUUUACUUUAGAUUAUUGUUUGGAUUUUUUGUCUGCUCUGUCAUUAAUUGCACACAUUCUCUCAAGCAUAACGUUUGAAAUCUUAUAGCGGAUCCUGACAACAAAAAAAAAAAACAUCAAAAAAUAUCAAAUGGUUUGUUAAAACCUUGGCCCUCCGUCACUGAGAAAAUACACGUUAAGAAAAUCGAAUUAAUUCCCAUGAUGACGCAGCAUUGAUAGAAUGUGCUUUUGGGUGUUUUUCUUCUGUUAAAAAAAAAAGGGUAAUAUGUAAAACAACAUGUAAAUAAAAUGCCUUGAUUUAA